AUGAUCAUUCCUACAACAUUAAUACCAUAAUACCUCAAAAAGUUUGCUGAAUUGGCUUGUUUUUUUAAAGUAACUCAAACUUAAUUAAAUGAUAGAUGCUAUUUGAUGUAUGUUGCUUCAAAGACUAUCAUAACUCUCGUAAUUAUCGUUUUUGACGCAAUGAGCAACAAAGAUGACGUCGAAUCUUCGACUUCGAGUGGAAACACUACUAUGGCCCUUGCAGUCUACGAACCGCCAAAAUUAUUCACGAUUUUUAGAUCAGACGUGAGGGAGUUCAGUUUUGCAGGUCGCUCAGUGAAAAUUAAUCAAGAAUGGGAAAGAAACGGCGUUGCUGCUGUUGUCUGGGAUGCAGCUCUUGUUUUGGCAAAAUAUCUGGAGAGAACAAGUGUAGAUUUGGCGGGAAAAAGAGUGAUCGAAUUGGGUGCAGGGACUGGACUGGUAGGAAUUGUCGCGAGUUAUUUGGGAGCGGAUGUUGUUAUUACGGACCGAAGGUCAGCUCUGGAUUUGACAAUACAGAACGUUCAUAAAAACACGCGUGAAUCAACGAAAAUCGAGGUGGCGGAACUCGAAUGGGGACAAGGUGUUUCGCGAUUUGAUCCGCCAUUCGACUUCAUUAUCGGUGCCGACAUAGUGUACAUCGAGGAGACGUUUUCUCUCUUACUUCGAACGAUCGAAGAAUUGAGCGAUGACAAAACGGUGGUACUUUUAUCUUGUAGACUACGAUAUAAACGUGACGAGGAUUUUUUCGAAAUGUUAAGGGGGAAAUUCAUUGUAACGAAACUACACUUCGAUGAAACGGUCAAUAUUCAUAUUUUCAAAGCACAAAAAAAGGAAAUAUAUACAUAAAUCGAAUUUA